UUGUACAUUUUUAGGGCUUAGGGUUUUGCGUUCACCUGAGUUAGUCGCUUGAAUUCCUCGCGGUUUCUUGUUUCUGAGGCAUUGUGAUUUACCAUGGAAGUAAUGGAGGAUAAUCCUCCCUCAAGUGUUUUAGAUGGGAUUGUUGUUGGCAUCAAAUUUGGUAUGGCUACACGCCAGGAAAUUUGUACAGCAUCAAUUAGUGACUCUUCAAUUAGUCAUGCUAGUCAGCUGUCAAAUCCGUUCCUUGGGCUGCCCCUUGAAUUUGGCAGAUGUGAAUCUUGUGGUACUUCUGAAGCAGGAAAAUGUGAAGGUCACUUUGGAUAUAUUGAGCUACCAGUUCCAAUAUAUCAUCCUAGUCAUGUUAGUGAAUUGAAACGAAUGCUGAGCCUGGUUUGCUUAAACUGCUUAAAAAUGAAGAAAACCAAGUUUGCAGCUUCAAGCAGUGGUUUGGCACAGAGAUUAUUAUCUUCUUGUUGUCAGGAAGUUAAUGCUGCUCAAGUGUCUAUUCGGGAGUGUAAAACAAGUGAUGGUGCUUGUUACCUGGCAUUGAAGGUAUCCAAGUCCAAGAUGCAUGCUGGAUUUUGGAGUUUUCUCGAAAAAUAUGGCUAUCGAUAUGAGGGUGAUCACACUCGAGCCUUACUUCCUUGUGAGGUGAUGGAAAUUAUCAAGAGAAUUCCAAUAGAGACAAAAAAAAAGCUUGCUGAAAAAGGAUAUUUUCCUCAAGAUGGAUAUAUUUUGAAGUUUCUUCCUGUACCACCAAAUUGUUUGUCUGUGCCUGUAGUUUCUGAUGGCAUCAGUGUCAUGUCUUCGGAUCCUUCCAUAACAAUUCUCCGAAAAUUGCUUAGAAAGGUUGAAAUCAUAAAAAAUUCUAGGUCUGGCGAACCAAACUUUGAGUCCCAUCACGUGGAAGCAAAUGACUUACAGUCAGUGGUUGAUCAGUAUCUUCAAGUUAGGGGUACUUCUAAGGCAACACGUGAUAUAGAAACACGUUUUGGGGUCAAUAAAGAGCUUAAUGAAUCAUCGACAAAAGCAUGGCUUGAGAAAAUGCGAACUUUAUUUAUAAGAAAGGGUUCAGGUUUUUCUUCCCGGAAUGUGAUAACUGGUGAUGGUUAUAAGAGGAUAGAUGAAGUAGGAAUACCAGUUGAAGUUGCCCAACGGAUAACAUUUGAGGAGAGAGUUAACGUGCAUAACCAAAGUUAUUUGCAGAAGUUAGUUGAUGAAAGUUUGUGCCUUACCUACAAGGAAGGUGUGUCAACUUAUUCACUCAGGGAGGGCUCAAAGGGACAUAUAUAUCUUAAGCCUGGUCAGACAGUGCAUCGGAGAAUUAUGGAUGGGGAUAUUGUCUUCAUUAACAGACCUCCUACUACACACAAACACUCGUUACAAGCACUUAAUGUCUACAUCCAUGAUGACCACACUGUGAAAAUAAAUCCUCUAAUUUGUGGACCCCUUGGUGCUGAUUUUGAUGGUGACUGUGUCCACCUGUUUUAUCCACAGUCACUUGCUGCUAAAGCUGAAGUAGUGGAACUAUUUUCUGUAGAGAAUCAGCUGCUCAGCUCUCACAGUGGUAAUUUGAACCUGCAAUUAACCACAGAUUCAUUGUUGUCACUGAAGAUUUUGGUCAAGCGAUGUUUCUUUGAUAGAGCAGCAGCUAAUCAAUUGGCGAUGUUUCUUUCACUGCCUUUGCCACGGCCUGCUUUGCUCAAGACCAGUUCUGGUGAUUCUUACUGGACUUCCAUCCAAAUGUUGCAGUGUACUUUGCCUUUGUCUUUUGAUUGCACUGGGGGCCGGUACUUGAUUAGGCAGAGUGAAAUGUUAGAAUUUGAUUUCAACAGGGAAGUUCUGCCUGCAACGAUAAAUGAAAUAGCAGCCUCAAUUUUCUUUGGGAAAGGUCCAAAGGAGGCACUAAAAUUUUUUGAUGUAAUGCAGCCCUUUUUGAUGGAAAGCUUAUUUGCUGACGGGUUUAGUGUUGGCCUGCAAGAUUUUUCAAUAUCCAGGGCAGUAAAAAGAAUUAUAGAUAGAAGCAUUGGGAAGGUUUCUUCUCUGUUGUAUCAGCUGAGGUCCAUUUACAAUGAGCUGGUGGCACAGCAACUGGAGAAGCACAUUCGUGAUGUUGAAAUUCCUGUUGUUACUUUUGCUCUGAAGUCAACUAAGCUAGGUGAUUUGAUUGACUCAAAGAGUAAAUCAGCUCUUGACAAGGUGGUCCAACAGAUUGGGUUUUUAGGGCAGCAACUUUUUGAAAGGGGAAGGUUCUAUUCCAAGGGAUUGGUUGAAGACGUUGCAUCCCAUUUUCAUGUGAAAUGUUGUUAUGAUGGGGAUGGAUAUCCCUCUGCUGAGUAUGGGUUACUCAAAGGGUGUUUUUAUCAUGGUUUGGAUCCAUAUGAAGAGAUGGUGCAUUCAAUUUCAACAAGAGAAAUAAUUGUGCGCUCUUCUAGGGGAUUAUCUGAACCAGGAACUCUGUUUAAGAAUUUGAUGGCCAUCCUUCGGGAUGUUGUGAUUUGUUAUGAUGGAACUGUAAGAAAUGUUUGUAGUAAUUCCAUUAUCCAAUUUGAGUAUGGGAUACAAGCUGGUGAUAAAACUGAGCACUUAUUCCCUGCUGGUGAGCCUGUAGGCGUCUUAGCUGCAACUUCUAUGUCAAAUCCUGCUUAUAAGGCUGUCCUUGAUGCUACUCCUAGUAGCAAUUCUUCAUGGGAGUUGAUGAAGGAAAUAUUACUCUGCAAGGUCAAUUUUAGAAAUGAACCGAUUGAUCGCCGUGUAAUUUUGUAUUUGAAUGACUGUGAUUGUGGAAGGAGUUAUUGCCGUGAAAAUGCUGCGUAUUUAGUUAAAAAUCAAUUGAGAAAAGUCAGUCUCAAAGAUGCAGCAGUAGAGUUCAUCAUUGAAUACCAACCACAGCGAAGUCAUGUGGCAAGUACUAAAAUUGAUGCAGGCCUUGUUGGUCAUAUAUAUCUGGAUGAGAUGAUGUUAGAAGAGCUGAAGAUCAAUAUGGAUGACAUUUUCCAAAAAUGUCAAGAAAAACUAAAUUCCUUUACUAGGAAAAAGAGUCUUAAUCAAGUCCUCAAGAAGACUGAAUUGUGGUUUAGUGAGUCUUGCUCAUUUCUGCAUGCUUCUGCACCAUGUUUAAAGUUCAUUUGGCUAGAUGAUAGUGAUAAUGAUUUAGACAGAAUUGCAAACACCAUGGCUGACAAAAUCUGCCCUGUUCUGUUAGAAACAAUAAUCCAAGGAGACCCUCGUAUUAACUCUGCAAGUAUAAUCUGGGUUAGUCCAGACACAAACACAUGGGUCCGAAACCCUUAUAAAUCUUCCAACGGUGAAUUGGCACUAGACGUCAUUCUCGAGAAAGAAGCUGUUAAACAAAGUGGUGAUGCUUGGAGGAUUGUACUUGAUUCUUGCCUUCCUGUUCUUCAUUUGAUUGAUACCAGGCGUUCCAUCCCUUAUUCUAUUCAGCAAAUUCAGGAAUUACUAGGGAUAUCAUGUACUUUUGAUCAAGCAAUUCAGCGUCUUGCAGCAUCUGUGAAAAUGGUGGCAAAAGGUGUUCUUAGAGAGCAUCUCAUUCUGUUAGCAAGUAGCAUGACUUGUGGUGGGAUUUUGGUUGGCUUUAAUACAGGUGGAUAUAAAGCACUGGCUCGCCAAUUGAAUAUUCAAGUACCAUUCACAGAUGCAACACUCUUUACACCUAAAAAAUGUUUUGAGCGAGCUGCUGAGAAAUGCCAUACUGACUCUUUAUCAAGCAUAGUUGCUUCCUGUUCCUGGGGUAAACAUGUGGCAGUUGGUACAGGAUCAAAUUUUGACAUCCUAUGGGAUGCAAACGAGAUAAAUUCAAAGGAGAUUGAAGGGAUGGAUGUUUACAAUUUUCUUCACAUGGUCAAAAGCCUUUCCAAUGGGGAAGAAGAAAACAUUGCUUGUUUGGGUGAAGACAUUGAUGAUUUGCUUGAAGAAAAUUUGGGCAUAUCUCCACAGCAUACAACUGGUUUUGAUGCUAUCUUUGAAGAGAAUAUUGAACUACUGAAUGAUUCAACAUCCAAUAGUUGGGAUGCAAAUACAAACCAGACUGAGACAAAAACCAAUGAGUGGUCAGCUUGGGGAGGUAACGAAGCUGAUAAAGAUGGAGGAUCUGGAAAAGUCCAAGAGGAUUCUUGGAGCUCUCAUGGACGGAAAGCUGAUUUCACCCAAGAGGACUCUUCCAGGUCCAGUGCUUGGGAUUCUAAAACAACCAAUCAGACCCAAACAAAAUUAAAUGAAUGGUCAGCUUGGGGAGGUAACAAAACUGAUGAAGAUGGAGGAUCUGGAAAAGUCCAAGAGGAUUCCUCGAGCUCACAAAAGAAGAAAACUGAUGUUAUCCAAGAAGACCCCUCUAGGUCCAGUGCUUGGGAUGUGCAAGAUCAGAUGAAAUCUAAUUCCAAUGAUUGGUCUUCUUGGGCUAGGAAUAAAGUUGAAAUAAAAGACAGUGAAAGAACCCAAAAUGAUUCUUGGAGCUCCCUUAAGCAAAAAGCUGAUGUUACCCAAGGAGACUCUUCUAGUUCUGGCGCUUGGGAUGCAAACAUAACAGACCAGACCAAAACAAAAUCAAAUGAAUGGUCUGACUGGGGAGGAAAGAAAUCUAAUUCACCAGAUGGUGGAGCCCAAAGAGUCCAAGAGGAUUCCUGGAGUUCCCGUAAGUGGAAAGCUAAUGUUACCCAAGAAGACCCAUCUAGGUCCAGUGCUUGGGAUGUGAAAGAUCAGACAAAAGCAAAUUCCAGUGAUUGGUCUUCUUGGGCUAGAGAUAAACGUGAAAUAAAAGAUGGUGGGUCAGAAAUAGGCCAAGAGGAUUCUUGGGGCUCUGUUAAGCGGAAAGCUGAACCAAAGGUUGGAGCUGAUGUUAUGCAAGAAGACUCUUUUAGAUCCAAUGCUUGGGAGCAAAAUUCUGACAAUGUGAAGGUGACUCGGAGCAAUGAAAUUGAUUUAAAUUGGGAUGCUAAAUUGCCAGUUGGCAGUAGCUCGUGGGGUAAACCCAAGUCCCCAGAAAAUCAAGCUUGGGAUUCCCAUAAUCAGUCAAAUCAAGCUGCAAGUUCACAGGGAUGGGACUCCCAAAUUUCUUCAGCUAAUCCUGACAGUGACAAAGGUUUUCAGUGGGGAAAACAAAGAGAUUCAUUCAAGAAAAAUCGUUUUGAAGGUUCACAAGGUUGGGGUUCAAAUACUGGUGAUAGGAGAAAUAGGAAUCGCCCGCCUAGAGCACCUGGACCAAGAUUGGACAUGUACUCAUCUGAGGAACAGGAUGUUCUGAAGGAUAUUGAAAACAUUAUGCAGUCUAUCAGGCGAAUCAUGCAACAACAAGGGUACAAUGAUGGGGACCCACUGGCUGCUGAAGAUCAACAUUUUGUACUUGAGAAUGUCUUUGAACACCACCCAGAUAAAGAAACCAAAAUGGGUGCAGGAAUUGAUCAUGUCAUGGUUAGCAGGCACAGCAAUUUUCAGGAAAGCAGGUGCUUUUAUGUGGUUUUGAAGGAUGGUCGAAAAGAAGACUUUUCAUACCGCAAGUGCUUGGACAACUUAAUAAAGAAGAAGUAUCCAGAUGUUGCUGAAUCAUUCAUUGGCAAAUAUUUUCGGAAACCCCGUGGAAGGGGGGACCAGACUGCAACUCCAGCAGUGGAGCAGAUCACAACACCAGGGCAGGCUGAAAAUACAACACCAGUGGGUGACCAGACCCCAACUCCUGGGCCUAUGGAAACAAAUGAGUAGAUUAGAGUUGUGUACAUAAUAUUGUACAGAAAAUGAGCAGAUGAGGCCACUGAAUAGUUUGUUACAGCUGACCAAUUUUCCUGCAGGGAACGGUGUUUCCCUUUCCCUUGACUGUUACAUGGUAACUUUUUUAGCAUGUGAACGAUGAUAUCACACUUGGGCAGAUAAUAUUUUGUCGAUUGAAUGAUGACAGCACAUGAUGUACCUAUCAAACUUCACUCUGCCCACCAUUUUAUCUAACCUUCAACCUCAUCCAGCUUUCAGACAUUAACUAGACCACUGGUACCAGAAUGGCUACCUUCUGAUUAUAGUUUCAUGAAUCAGAUAGUGGCUGGUAUUCUGUUGAUUAGGUUUCUAGGCACCUCGAGUUGUAAACUGAUAAAUUUUCUCGGUUUUGGUUUUCUCCUUUCUCAUCUUUGUAAUACAAAGCCCAAAUACAGUGGUUUUUUUAGUGGUCUUGCACAAAGUCCUAUGAAGUAUUAAUUUCCAUUUCAUUGGUUUGGUCUUCUAACCACAAUUCGAAUGCUUUUAUGCUUUUUUAUGCAGUUUGAGUGUGACAAUUUGUAGUUAGGCCUGAGUGGUUAGUGCAAAACUAGGCUGGGCAGAUACUUUUUAUUUUCUUUGAAUUUUGGGGUAUGAUUUUAACCACAAAACUACUGUGUACUCUUCUGAGACGGGUACGUUUGGAUGGAGAAAAACGAGUGGAAUUUACAUUUUAAGUACAGGGAGGAAAAUGAAGGAUUGUAAUUCAGAAGAAAUUCUUGUUAGGGAUUGUACUUGCACAUAUUUGAAUAGGGUACUAUACUAAGCAUUUUUAUAUUCGUAUUUUUAAAAAAAUUAUACU